AUGGCCAUCCGGCCCCUCAACUCGAGUCUGAUAUUCGACCGUCGCAUCAUCCUCGGCCUCCUCGCCAUCCUCGUCCUCGCCUUCACAUUUGCAUUUCUGUACAGUCCCGACCUCCGACCUCGCGCCGCGGCCUGGAUUCCGCCGCUGAACUCGAAGCCGCCCACACCAGCGUUUGUCGCCCCGCCCAAGGACCCACGAGACCCCAACAUCGUCACCCUCGAUUAUCUUGCGAUCCGACCCAACGUCACCGAUACAGUGCGCUCGUACUGGAAUAUCCCGUACGCGGCGUCGACGGCCGGCCGGAACAGGUUUCGCGGACCGCAGCCUGUGAAUCGGACGUAUGGGCUUGGCAGGGGCGAGGAGCCGUUGGUGUGGGACGGCAGUUUGGGCAUGUGUCCGCGCAUCCAGAAGAGGGAUGCGAGUUUGAGGAAUAGGGAGGAUGUCGCUGGUGAAGAUGUGUUGGGGAUCAAGGCACGCAUCACAGAGGAUUGCCUGAGCUUGAAUGUCUUUACGCCGUUUGAUGCCGAGGCGGGGGAUGAUUUGCCGGUGCUGGUGAAUAUUCCGGGCGGUGGGUUCCAUUUGCCUGGCCGGAGCAAUGGCGGGGAGAUGGUGGAGAAGAGUCGUCGGGAAAAGGGUGUGGAGGGCAAGUUGGACAAGGGCAUCAUUGUGGUGACCAUGUACUAUCGCAACGGCAUCUACGGCUUUCUCUCUGGCGAGCAGAUUGCCAAGGAUGGCGACUACAACAACGCGCUGCGCGAUCAAAGGGCGUCGCUCGAGUGGGUUCAAAAGUACAUUCGCUUCUUCGGCGGCAACCCAGACCACGUCGUCAUCAUGGGAACCAGCGCAGGCGGUGCCAGCGUCCUCCUCCAACUGACCGCCAACGACGGCGACCACCACGUCCCCGUCCCCGGCACCGGCCGCAAACCCCUCUUCCACGGCGCCAUCGCUCAGAGCCCCGCAAGUCCAACCUUCUUCACCCCGCCGCAAGCCGAGAAGUUCUGGAACGAGGUCGCAGGCGGCCUGAAUUGCAGCGACAUCACCUGCGUCCGCAAUGCCAGCCCCGGCGACCUCUACUACGAAAACUACCCCAUGUCCUUUCCCGGCCGCAACACGCCGCCCCGUUGGAUGUGGGCGCCCACCACCGAGCCCAAAGGCGGCAUGUGGACGCAGCCCGCGCCCGCCGCCAUCCUGCACAACCACUACGCCAAAGUGCCCACCCUCAUCGGCUUCACGUCCAACGAAGGCACCGACCAGGUCAAGAAGACGACGGACAACGAAGGCGAAUUCAAAUCCUACCUCGCAGACCACUACCCCUUGCUCACAGACGAGGAUCUCGACGCGCUCGUCAAACUGUACCCGAAUGACCGCCACUGGCCGGACAGCGGCAAGUACUGGGACGCCGUGGCCAAGGCCCAGGGCGACAUCCGCUACAUCUGCCCGACCUACCUGGCCAGCAACGCCAUGGCACAAUUCAACCCGCCCGACGUGCCCACCUGGCAAUACCAAUGGGACGUCAUGUGGGGCGUCGACAUCUCCAACGGCUUCGGCACCAAGCACGCCGGCUCCGUCGGCCAAGUCAUGGUCCGCCGUGCCAACGCCAUCAGCGACUACUUUAUCAGUUUUGCAAAACACCUGGAUCCGAAUGUGGAUCGGGGUACCGGGAGGCCUGUCUGGGAGCGGCUGGAUCGCGAGCAGGGCAAGAGGCUGUUUUUCACAAACAUCAAGGAGGGCGGGAAGAGGGGGGACGGAGAGGACAUGUUGGGCGAGGUCAGGAUGGCGGUUCGGGGCCGGGAUGAGGCGAGGGAGAAGAGGUGUGCGGUUUUGAGGGGCAUGUUUAGGCGGUUGCAGAUGGAGGGGGUCGAGGCGCUGGAGAUUUGA